UGGAGCGGCCGUUCCUUUCUGGCGCCGCGGAACAACAAACCGCAAGGCUCCUCGGUUCGCGGGCUGGCACAGCGCGACGACGCGUCCAUGCGCAGGCAGCUCAGCAGUGGCCGCUAAAACAGCGACAGACCACUGGGCUAGUCGCGCUGAGGAGGACCGCCGUGCGCCCGCUUUACGAGUUUGCCGAGCCUGUGCCAAGCAGCUGUUCCGUGCCCGAGCAUGGCACAACGCAGCCUCACCCGUCUGCGACCGGUGGUCAGCCUGCUCUGCCUCGCGGUUCUGGCUGCGCUCGCCUCGCCCGUGGAGUCAUGGAACAACCCAUACUUGCUCGUACAACAUCAAGUCUACGAGGAACACCAGGAGGUGCUCGCCAAGGACCCGUCCAAGCGGGACGCGGGCGAGCAACGAAAGGACGACGAGGAGUUGUUCGACUUCAUCAAGGACUACCUGUUCAAGCGUGGCGGCGCGGAAAAGCUGAACAAUCGCACUGGCAACGGCCGGGCGCAGUUCGUGGGCGUCGACGCCGGCAGCGCGAACGGGUCGGCGGCUUCGGGUGGAGCGGUCGUCGCCAAGGACAGCGGCCAGUCCGACCAGCGGUACAAGAUGCACAUCAUCAAGUUCCGACUGGUCAACGGCAGCCACCCUGCCGUCGCUGCGGCGGUCAGAAACGCACAGGCAAUGAUGAUGAUGCACAAGAAGGGCGAGCACCACGCGAACGGCAGCAGCAGCGACAACGCCACGCUAUUGGCGCGACCCUGGAGCGGCCGGUCUAGCGUCGGCUACAGGACGGCUCACCCGACCCACGUGACCACCGCUCGCACGGAGACUCCGGCACCGCCACCGCCGCGGAGGGCUGCUUCGGCGGACAACUGCGAGCAGCCCGAAACGACCAGGAGAACCACCACCACCACCACGAGAAGGACCACGACUAGGACGACGACGACAACGACGACGACCAAGAGGACCACGACGACGCCAAAACCGACGACGACCACCAGGACGACAACGACUUGCGCACCAACCACGGUGGCCGUAGUUGGCUGCGAGCGAGCGCCACCGCCGCCCACAACGAAGACGACGACCACUACGACGACUACGACGGCGGCUCCCAAACCGUAUCUGCACGGCCAUCCGUACGUGGUCAUCAAGCUGCACGAGGUGAACGGAACCCGUCGCGUGCCGGUUGAUCGCCUCGUGCCGUUGCAGCCAUACCUGCGGCAGCUGCUAGCCAACGGCACGAACCCAGAGAGAACGCAGCUGGCACGGAACAUCUCCUCGUAUCUGCCAGAUUACCGCCUUUGGAUGCGCGGUGGCUCGUCGGAAGCGGGUGACGAUGCGAGUGGCGGCGCAUCGGGGUACCAACGCAAGGGCAAGAAGCAACGGCAGCAGCAGCAGCAGCAGCAGCAGCAUCCUCGUUCGCGACGAGUGCCGGCGUACGCGGCCGAGACGGCGGCGCUCAAGCGCGAGGUAGCCGGCAACCUGAUGCGAGUGCUGCGCACCAUCCGAGAACUUGACUCCAUGGCCCAGAAAUCUCAGCAGGACGAGCAGCAGGAAGAGGUCCAAGAACAGGAACUGGAGUCCGCACCGCAACAGCAGGAUCCCAUCGAACUGGUGGCGCCCGACACGGCGGGGCAGAUCGACCAGCUCCUCAGGCGCCGGGACAAGUCGCAAGGGCUCAGACUCAUCCUUCAGUAUCUGCUGACAAAGUUUGGCACGCCUUGGUCGGGCUUCGUCCCCCGCAGGUCGACGAAAAAAUGGACCGUCGAGUACCCGGACGAACUGAAAGAGAACCGGGCCGAGGAGGGCGACCUCCACCAGUUCAGCAUCCUGCUCAAGAAGGCGCUCGACGAGCUGAGCGUCUCGUCUGACGCCAAAAACAGGACGACGGCCAAGCCUCGCAAAGCCGCCGUCUACAGAUAGCGCCUCGGCCUCAGAGACGCGCGCGCGCGCGCUGCGAUCACCGCCUAUGGACGGGUCUUUUUAUUUCACCAUGGGCAGUCUCAUCACCGCGCGUUUGGCCCCAGCAACUGAGCACCUUCUCUUCCUGUAGCUUCCUAUAGCGCUGGUGCUAAACUUGCGUUAACGUGCGUUUAGCUAGUGCGUGCUCUACCUAAAGCUUCGGCUUAGAUGUGGGGACUAUACCGCGUUUCUGCUGAGCAUGGAAAAACUUAAGUAUUGGAGCUCAGCGAGCCAGCCGCUCUGCUGUUUAUGAGCGCAUCCAUCAUGGUUAACCUCGUCAAGGUCAUGGUGGCUCGAGUUGGCUGGGUAAUCGUGCCACCUGGAUCGUUAAUUGUGGGUUAGUCUAAGUACCUGUCAAGCAGCGCGGCGCAUCGCUUUUUGUACAUCGUGCCAUUCAGGGGCUGAUGCCACAGCGUCAUGUGAUCGGCUUAAUGAUGUGAUGGGAAUCGCCUUAUUCGCACACUGCUGCGCUUAGGAGUGGCCGAGCAUCGACUGCGGUGGCUGUUUGAAUGGCAGGUGUGACCAAGCUAGGCUGGUGGUUUAUCCUGACCUUAAGUGGUGGACAGCCUCAAUAGAAAGGGGAUUCCACACUUGCAGCUAGCAUGUCACGGCCAUAGGAACUCACUCGACUCUCUCGCGUUGUUCACCAUGUGAUACAGCUCAUCAGCGCAUUGUAGAUGACAUGCAUUUGUACCUGUGUAAAUGCCAGUUAACGCUGUAACGCAACGACACUGUGUGUAUGCAUGUAGCGUCCUUUACUUGGUGUAGACCAACGUAUAGUUGAUGCUUCGACACAGUAAGAGGAACGAAUGCCCGAGAUACCGCCAAAAUAAAAGUAUUCUGCAUGAAUCCAAGUUGCACCGAGCACUGAUCGGAGACUCU